CUCGUCGCAUAUUAUCCGAUCACAUCCCGUCCUAUAUUCAUAAAUCCCACCCGUAGGCCGCAGACAAAUACCGAUAAAACCACCAGGUCGGAAUGUCCAGGUUGAUAUCUGGUCUUUGCUGAGACCUCGACGUGGCCAAGUCUGCCCAGAGACAGGACAAGACAUUGUAGCUAGAUUUUGGCCGAGGAUAUACAUCGUGGCUAUCGACAGUACUGCGCCCCCGUUGGCGCAUCCGAGUAUCGAGGAUGAUAACGUCAAUCCUGCAGUUGGUCCUAUCUAUAGGCAUCGCAGCAGUAUCAGCGCUACCGGCAUCAUCUCUGCAAUCUCGCCAAUCAUGGACUUUGGGCUACUGGGCGCACGAUUUGACGGAGUUCGGAUGUAAGCCCAUCAUAUUCAUCUGGGCGAAAGCUACUAUAGAACCUGGGAAUAUGGGCAACACAGUUGGCCCGCGGCUGUCUGAUGGACUGAAGGCGCUGUUCGGACCCGCCAAUGUAGCUACUCAGGGGGUAGACUAUUGGGGGUUCAUAGAAACAAACUUCUAUCCCGGCGGGGCGCCGCCUUGGGGGAUCUUCGAUAUGCAACUGCUCUUGAACGCUGCGGCGACUUGUCCCGACUCCAAGAUUGUAGCAGCAGGUUAUAGCCAAGGAGCAGCCCUCACGCACCGGGCCAUCGAAGGAUUAACCCAGGAGGUAAAGGACAGGAUCGUAGGCGUAGUAACUUUCGGGGACACGCAGGCGUGGCAGGACGGGGGCCGAAUCAAGGAUUUCGAUACGAACCGGACACUCAUCAUCUGCAACGCUGGCGAUCUUGUGUGUAUCGGCACGCUAUAUGUCUUCCCGGUGCAUUUCGACUACGUCAAGUGGGUGCCUACCGCAACGUACUAUCUCGCCGGCAAGCUGCUCGAAGACGCCGCCAUAAGGCCCUGGCCAAACGGGAGUUUUGUGUUCCCUAAUGUGACGGUCCCGGCUCCGCUUCCACCUAUUCCGCCGCCGCCUCAGCCGUCUACAGCGAUUCCGCAGUCGCUGCCCCCGCUACCGGUUCCAAAGGGCGUUGGUAGUGCGGAUACGGAUGAUUGAUUUGUUUAGUAUGACGAGGAUGGAUUAUAAAGGCCGUGUAGUACUUAAUCGAGGAUGUUAUGUAUAGCGUUGAGCUUGGAGAUGUCCCGGGAACUCUACUCGACGCAUAGACUACUAGAGGUGCAUAGUUAUGGGUAGAUGUCAUUACAUAGCAUGAAGACUAGAAUCAAGCCAUAGUCAAGAGCAUAUUUCUUAGUAC